AUGGAAGAACCACCCCAAAGCGGCAGAGAAAUCAGCAGCUUCCCUGCAUUAAGCGCCAGGAAGACGUCCCCCCGCCCCGCCCUGCCCAGCAAUCCCUCCUCCUCCUUCCCUUCCCUUCCCAUCCGACGGGCUCAGCUGGAAAUCGACUCUCUCCAGCUACAGCCAGAGCCCCGAGGAGUCUGUGUCAAGGCUCCUGACAAUGGCCUGAGACGACCACUUUUGUGCAUGUGGCUUGGGAGGGGGCGUCUCUUCGGUUCCAGCUGGUUUUCUUCAGGUCGGGGGUCAGGCCGGGUUGGCUGUGCCUCCCCUGAGGUGAUGGGAGUUUCGCCCAGCCGGAAGGCCUGGAUCGCUGUGUCCAUCGCUGAGCUGGCCAUCAUCCUCAUCUUAGCGGCCGGGCUGGGCCACUUGGCAACCCACCAUGAGAGGGGAGAGGAGAGCUGGACGGACAGCGGCAUGCUGGCUUCCCUGGACAGAGUGAACCAGACCCUCCAGGAAGCCACACAGCACUGGGAUGCGUGUCUGAACCGCACGAGAGUGCUAGAAGGAAACACCUUCAGGCUGAGCUCCAAAAUGUCUCAGUUAAACACACGUUUGAGUCUGAAAGAAUUCGAAAUUAAAGGUCUGGAAGAUGAAGUUGUACUGUUGAAAAACUGGACGGAGAUGCUUCAGGAUGUAAACAAACGGCAGAAGGAAAUCAUCAUCCAGCUUCAGCAGCAGCAAAAGAGGGUGUCUGGGACCAGCUGCAGAGUCCGUCUCCACAGUGGCCUGGCAUUGGUGGUGCUGACCACUGGUGUGUUCCUUCUGGUUUGAGAAGCGGCCGGCCCACCUCAGAGGCUCACGCAGCCACCGCUGUUCAGAUCAAUGGAUUAAUACUUAUUAAAACUUAGCCAUUAAGUAAACUCCAGAGAAGGAUCUCAGCAAAAGCGUCCAAGGGGUGUUUGAGCAACAGCACAGUACAAGUCCCAACAGUACAAAGUGCCUCUGAGCAUAGCAAGAAGGCGGGGCUGUGGUAUCACUAACACUGAAACUUAGCUGCACACCCAGGCCCCCUGUAAGCAAAGUCAAAAGGGCUUUUGGGAAAGUAAAAAGCAGGACAGAACAGGAGGGAGGAGAUCUGGAGCCUGGCGCCAAGCACUUUGGGCUUGCUAUGCCACCCUCUAGCCAUGCCUCUGACCUCAACAGAUAAGCACAACCCGGGAUAAAGUCCCAAACACCAUGCGCAGAUGAGAAAUAACACCUACACUGUUAGAGUUUUUGGUACUGCAGAGGAGUACAGAAAUAAUUGCUCUGUUAAGGUUGGUAGUUGAAAGAAUGAAGAAACUUAGGUUUAUUACUACAAAGAGGUUGAGUCAUGCAUGCUGAAGCAGCCAUGCAGCUUCCACUCAGGGAGCCAUCACUAACCAACUGAGAAACAGCAACAGGAAGAGAAGGGAGGACGGGGAGGAGCAAAGCCUGCAAAAACAACAAAUGGUUUAGAGCAGGAAUCAGUAGUUGGUUCUCAUAAGUGUUGCAGUUAUUUUGCUUUAAUAUAAGUAAAUAUUUUUCAGAACUAAUCAAUAUCCCCUGAUGAAAGCCUUGAUUGGGCUGAAACGCGUUGGGCAUAUUCUAAUAUUGUUUAUACAAUAAAUAUUAUUUUGAAGAAC